AUGUUACAACAUCUAUCUAUCUAUCUAUCUAUCUAUCUAUCUAUGUGCCUUCGUUAUCUUAUGUUCCUAGCUAUCUAUCUAUCUAUCUAUCUGUCUGUCUGUCUGUCUCAGUUUGUUCAUAUCUAUCACAGCAUGUUUAUCAAUCUAUCUAUCUCAGCCUAUUCAUCUACCUAUGUAUCUAUCUUUCUAUUUAUCGCUGCAUCUUCAAGUAGUCUUUUUAUCUAUCUAUCUCAGUUUGUUCAUAUCUAUCUCAGCAUUUUUAUCUAUCUAUCUAUCUAUCUAUCUAUCUAUCUAUCUAUCUAUCUAUCUAUCCCAGCAUCUUCAAGAAAAUUAGGUACAGCUGAGGAUGGUUGCGGGAUGGAGGAGAAUUUCAGUUCUAUCUAUCUAUCUAUCUAUCUAUCGCGCGCUGCAUUCCUAUCUAUCUAUCUAUGUAAAUCUGUUCAUAUCUCUCUAUCUUCAAUUUUUCAUAUCUAUCUAUCUAUCUAUCUAUCUAUCUCAGUCUGUUCUUUCUAUCUAUCUCAGUCUCUUCAUAUAUCUAUCUAUCAACAUAGAUGA